UUCAAGGCCGAGGGGAAUAAACUGCCUGAAAAUGAUGUACAUCAUCAGUUUGAUUGUCGCUCUUGCCACCAUGGUGUGUUUUGCGAUCGGGUGCCAUCAGUCAUCGUGUGGCUCCUUUGAAACGCACCAGUACGUGUUCAGGAUUGGCCAGUAUGACUGCGAAUGCGAGCCAUUUAGAGCUGGUCAGAUGAAGUUUGUUGAAGGGAAAGUAUACGUGUGUGAUGGUACUGAGUGGAAAGCCCUGCAGUACGAAGCAUUAUUAGGUUCCAGAAGUGACCCUGGAUUUUCGUGCAAAGACAUCAAGGCUCACUUGAAGGACGCUACUAAUGGCAUUUAUUGGAUCACCUUGACGGACAGCAAAGACUCUUUCCCAGUUUACUGUGACAUGGACGCCGGAGGCUGGACCAUGGUGUUUAAAGCUGUUAGUGGAAUCCAUAAAAAAGUGUAUCCUACUUUCAACUCGCCUCACACAUCCUCUGAGAAAGUCAUGGCCGCUCUCGACGUCACGAACAAACACAAAGACCAUUACAAGAACAGAAUAGUGUUGAACUGGGCUGACUUCCACGCUUCUGAGGCAAGAGUUGUCCUAUAUACUGGAGGAAAAAUCGCGAAGGAAGUAAAGUUAAACGCGAGGGGAUCAGACAAAUUGAAUUGGUUUGCAACUCCCAGACUGAUCGACAGCUCCUGGAAUGACAUGAAAUCCCAACCAAAGAACGUAUUUUCUAUUCCCGGGCUGCACAAUCGCAACUUCUUCAUCAACAGAAACUACGGCGGAUGUCCAAAGGAUGCCGGAUGGAUGACAAUCACGGGUCAGGACUGCGACUGGGAGAGGCGCUUCAAUCCUCGACAAAAUGUCAUCAUCUAUAGCAAACUGCAGGGAUACACCAACUGGAAUUACUAUGACUGGCUGCAAAUGGGAUAUCUUGUCGGUUUGAGCAUUUUACUGAGCGUUUCAAUAUGUUGCAUGAUCGCGUCGUCUUUUGGUUGCGGUGAAACAUAUUACAAAGUGAUCAACCUCGACUGCGACUCCAGCAAGGCCGGGCAGAUGAAGUUUACUACCGGAAAAAUAUUCGUAUGCGAUGGUAAAGAGUGGAAAGCCUUGCAGUACGAAGAAUCCUCUUUGGGCUCCAGGAGAUACCCAGGUUUUUCAUGUAAAGAAAUUAAGACCAGCUUAAAAGACGCAGCCAACGGAAUUUACUGGAUCACUUUGAGUGACUUCAAAAACGCCUUCCCAGUUUACUGUGACAUGGCUGCUGGAGGUUGGACUAUGGUUUUCAAAGCUGUAAGUGGAGUCGAUAAGAAAGUGUAUCCUACCUACGUCUCGCCUCGAACAUCUUCUGAGAAAAACAUGGCUGCACUUGACGUCACGAAUAAGCACAAGGAUCACUACAAGAACAGAAUAGUUUUGAAAUGGAGUGACUUUGGGGCGUCAGAGGCGAGAGUUGCUCUUUAUACCGGAGGGCAGCUAGUCAAGGAAUUGAACUUCAAUGCACAGAGAACAAACAACUUGAACUGGUUCUCGGCCAGCAAACUGAUUGACAGCUCCUGGAGAGACAUGAAAUCCGAGUCAAAGAACGUCUUUUCUAUUUCCGGCCUGUCGCGUGACAAUCGUAACUUCUUCAUCAACAAGAAUUAUGGUGGUUGUUCCAAAGAUGCCGGAUGGAUGAGUAUCACUUCCCACUACUGCAAAUGGGAGACACGUUUCCUUCCUCGCAAAAACGUCAUCCUGUACAGCAAAUUGUCAGGACACACCAACUGGAACCAAUACAACAGCGUUGGAGUUGCUGACGUUUUGGUGGUUUACCUGCUUUAA